UAUACGGUCAAACUUUUCUUGUGGGGUUUUCUCAAGUCGCAGGUGUAUGGGAAUAAACCACAACCCACAGCAGUCUUCAGAGCCAACAUAAUCCAUGCCAUCGAUCAAGUUCAGCCUGAUUUAUGCGCCAGAUUUAUGGAAAAUUGAAUGUUUCCGAUGCCCUCCACCCAGAGCUCUGGCGGACAUUUAAACGAUAUUCCACACAUAAUGACAUCAAUAGGUCUUUCAAACGAAUAACAAAUUUCAAUAUUUCACACAAACUUAGUUUCAUUUAAAUUUAAAGAUGAAAUACCCUAUAUUUAUCUAUACUGAAAAUUAUUUGAAAAGCACAGCCCAAACACAACGCAUUUAAGAUCAAUCACCAGACAACGUUGUUUAGAACCACCACUGGAGUUACGCUGAACCACAAAUCCAUUUGCUCAACUGUCCUCAAAGAACAAGCCUGAGUAAAUAAGCCCCCUUAAGAAGACUCCAUCUACUGGAUAGACAGAUAACUCAAUACUCGAGUAUCAAGAAUAAAGGAGGCUCCCCGAAGCGGUCAAUUGCAAAGCUAAGCUUCUACAUCGACCGCCGAACUUGAUUCGUCUUCCGUCUCUCAAUGCAGAUUUAACUGCAACUAGGAAACCCAGAAUAUAACCACAACGUAUUUAUCAUUUCAGCGCUAUUUCAACCGCUCAUUGGUUUUAUCAGUAGUGCUAGGCUGAAAAACAAAUGUAUUUCUGGACCCAACUGCUUUGGAAGAACAAGCCUGAGAAAAAUAGGGCGAUGACAUCUCUCCUUAAUGGCGCCCUCUAUGGGGUAGACAUAGAACUCAAUCCUAGAAUAUUAAAGAUAUUCGAGGCUCCCCAAGGCGGUCAGUUGCGCGGUAAAUUCAGUUAUGAUUUGUUAUAACUGAAUUUCACUCUACCUGAAAUCAGAGUAUACCUUAUCACCCAAGAGACGAACAUUGCCCUUCAACACCCAAUAAUAACUAACCCCUUAUGAAUAUUUACGUCAUUUUGACAUUUUGACAAGUCAACUCGCUGUCAACGAAAUUUAACGAACACAACUGUAUAGAAAAUCGCAAAUAACCAUGUUGCUAGUAGAAAAUAUCGAAUCUCCGGCCCCUGUUAAAAACAAAAACUGCAUAUGUAGAAACCCGAAAGAAAAAAACGAGAUAGAUCAAAUUCCACCCGAUGACUCGGCAAAAUUAGAACUCUGCAAAAGAUGUUGCUUCAACGGAAAGUGCACAAUUAACCAGCUACUGAAGAUUUGCCAAGAGGAUCCCGACAUCAUAAUGGAUGUCUUCAAAAUGGCUACGGCAGAUGAAAAAUGUCUGCCAGAAGUCGAGUUAACAUAUGACCAGCCCCAGAACAAAGAUGAUAACAGUGAUAAAAACGUAGACCCGCAGAACAAAUACCAUUUUUUGAUGGUCGACAACUCGACGAGUCUCUAUGUGGUUCAGCAGCAAGUGCCGGACAACUUUCGAGCAGCAGAGCAGGGCGACAAAAAGGAAGACAUCGCGGAAAUUAAGGAAGAAUGCAAUCAUGAGACUGAGGACCAAGAGCGCAGCCAAGAAAUUAUUGAGGCAUUACUUCAGAACAAGGAGAACCUUUCCAAAGGUAUACUCAAGACGAGCCAAUCAAAAUACCAAAAGGACAUCAGCAUCAAAACUAAAACGGCUUCUAUGGAAAAACUCAUUGAUAGAAUUAGAAAUCUUCUAUGGACCGACAGCGAUGAUCAAAUUAUGCCGGAGAUCAACGUGAGAAAAUCAAGAAAAAAAUCGAUCAGGAAAAACUACGAACAACUUGUGUCGCCGGACACGGAAAAGAGUACGAGCGAAGACGAACAGGAAAAAGGAAAAAACAUUUACUGGACCCCAUCGUACUUUGAGGACGAGGAUACUAUACUUAUUCCUCGAGUACAGCAAAAUUGGCAGACUUCGCCGGACAAUUCGGAACUCAGCUCGUUAAUGAACACGCCUUCUACCUAUCUCGAAUCCUUGAUAAAAAAACAUAAAAACCGGCAUUCUUCCCGCAGACAUGGGACUAUUACGACAGUGAUAGGAAAAAAUGUAGAGGCGAGAGAUAAAGUAAGCCGAAAACAUUGGUCGAGAUGUUUCGCCUGUUUUAAAUGUAAAAAGAAAACUAAGCCCGAUACGAAAUUGUCGAAUGUGUUGGAAAUCGCUAACGAAACUGAAGAUACAGCGAGUUAUAACUCUGAAGAAUAACUGUGACGGUGAUUACGAAAUUUUGAUUGAAGUAGUUGGUGUUUGGUGAACUUCGUAUUGAAAAUCGAUGUUUUCAAAUAAAAUUUCAGUUCAUUCAUAAAAUAUUUGUUUCAU